AUGCUAAGAUCAACCAAUACGCCAUUAAAAUAUGGGAUCUCUUUGUCAAGGUCUCCAACAUUCUUCACUCUGCACAAUAGAGCAAACCGAGGAUGCUUGCUUGGUAAAGGUCGAAGACUGGCUUCCACAGUCACACAAUUAGACAGCUAUCCCGCCGUUGGCGAGAAACUACAUGGGUUCACUGUCAAGGAGAAGAAGCAUGUGCCCGAGCUUCAUUUAACUGCAGUGCUACUAAAGCACGACAAGACAGAAGCGGACUAUCUCCAUGUUGCCAGGGAUGACAGGAAUAAUGUCUUUGGCAUUGGAUUCAAAACAAAUCCCCCAGAUGCUUCUGGAGUCCCUCACAUCCUGGAGCAUACGACUCUGUGUGGUAGUGUGAAAUAUCCUGUCCGCGAUCCUUUCUUCAAAAUGUUACCACGCUCUUUAUCCAACUUUAUGAAUGCAUUCACUUCCUCUGACCAUACCACUUAUCCCUUUGCUACCACCAAUAAACAAGACUUCCAGAACCUGCUAUCGGUUUACCUAGAUGCAGUAUUACACCCAUUAUUGAAAGAAGAAGAUUUUCGACAAGAAGGAUGGCGUUUAGGCCCUGAAGAUCCUCUCGCCGCCUUGGUUCAGAAGGAGGGUAAUGACAGACCUGCCACAGCGGACGACAUUGUUUUCAAAGGAGUGGUCUAUAAUGAGAUGAAAGGGCAAGUGUCAGAUGCAAAUUACUUAUACUAUAUCAAAUUUAAAGAGCAGAUAUUUCCUGCUAUUAAUAACUCAGGGGGUGAUCCGCAGUAUAUUACGGAUCUGACCCACAAGCAAUUGGUCGACUUCUCGAAAAAGAAUUACCAUCCUACCAAUGCGAAAGUUUUUACCUACGGGGAUAUGCCGCUAAGUGACCAUUUACAGCAUAUUGGCAGCGUUUUGGAUGGGUUUGAAAAAUCGACUCCAGAACAAGAUGUCAAACUACCCAGAGAUCUUAAGGACGGCCCUCUGAGCGUCACGAUUCCGGGUCCCAUUGACCCAUUUACAAGCGAAGACAAGCAAUUUAAAACUUCGGUAUCCUGGUUCGCCGGUGAUACGACGAACAUCGUGGAAACCUUUUCUGUUGGAAUUCUUUCAUCCUUGUUGCUUGAUGGCUACGGAUCACCUAUGUACAAGGCUUUGGUUGAAAGCAAGAUUGGCUCCUCAUUUACACCCAACACAGGCCUGGAUACUUCUGGGAGAGUGCCUAUUUUUUCAGUCGGUGUGAAUGGAGUUUCCGAGAAAGACGUUGCCGUUGUGAAAGAGAGGGUAGAAAAUGUCUUUCAGGAAUUCUCAGCCUCUGGGUUUAAUGACGAAAAGGUAAAAGGCAUCUUACAUCAACUGGAACUUGCAUUGAGACAUAAAACUGCCAAUUUUGGGAUUGGAAUCAUGGAAAAGACAAUAUCAGCCUGGUUCAACGGCUCUAACCCAAUGGAAGAGCUCGCUUGGAAUGAGGUGAUCAAUGAAUUCAAGCGACGCUAUGACAAAGGCGGUUACCUUGAACAACUGAUGAAAAAAUACCUAAUGACGGACAAGUCGUUCACAUUUACCAUGGCUGGCUCUCCCACCCAUAAUAAGCAACUGGAUGAGAGUGAGCUUGCUCGGAAAGAGGCUAAAAUAGCUAAGUUGACGGAAGCUGCUGGCUCCCUCGAAUCGGCUGUUGAUCAGCUCAAGAAACAGGAAUUUGAACUGUUGAAGGUUCAGGAGGCAGCGCAGCACGCCGAUUUAAGCUGCCUGCCUACUCUGCAUGUGAAAGAAAUUUCGCGAACUAAAGAGUGGAAAACCGUUAGGGAGUCGAAAGUAAAUGAUGUCGAUGUUGUCUGGAGAGAAGCCCCAACGAAUGGCCUCUCGUACUUCCAGGCUAUGAAUGUUUUUGAAAACCUGCCAGAUGAGCUACGGCUGCUCCUACCCCUAUUUAAUGAUUGCAUCAUGCGACUUGGGACCACUUCACGAUCGAUGGAACAUUGGGAGGAUUUAAUCAAGCUUAAAACGGGAGGCAUUUCGUCCUCUUCUUUCAUUGUAUCCUCACCGACGUCUUUGGAAGCCUACUCUGAAGGUCUCCAAUUUUCCGGUUAUUCACUAGAUAAGAACUUCUCGGCCAUGCUCAAAAUGAUAUCAGACUUAGUAACUGAGACGGAUUUUGCCGGUCCUGUUGCUCCACGGAUGAUCCAGGAACUGUUGCGAUCGUCCACCAAUGGCGCGAUUGAUGCAAUUGCUGGAACUGGUCAUCGAUAUGCUAUAAACGUUGCGGCCUCGGGUCUUGCCAAAAAGUUUUGGGCUAGUGAGCAACUGUCAGGCUUAGCACAAGUGCAGUCUACCGCCAGGCUACUUCACGACGCAGAAAUCUCUCCAGAUCGGUUACAAGAGCUCAUUCGAAAACUUCAGUUGAUCCAGUCAUUUGCGAUUUCGAAAUCUUCUAAAUUCCGAGUGCGUGUGGUCUGUGAGCGGGAAAGCGCUAGUGCCAACGAAGUCACCCUUCAAAAUUGGCUUUCCCGUCUACCCCGCAGCCUCAAUCCCGCAUCUACCACCGACGGCUUUAAGUUCAACCCCUGUUCCUCAAAAAUACUCUAUAACCUCCCCUACAAAGUCUCUUACUCUGGCCUCGCGCUUCCAACAACAUCUUUCACCAACCCAGCAAACGCAUCGUUGAGCGUCCUCUCCCAGCUCUUAACUCAUAACUAUCUCCAUCCAGAAAUCCGAGAGAAAGGAGGUGCAUACGGAGCCAGCGCCAGCAGCGCCCCGAUCCAAGGCUACUUCGCCUUCUCUAGCUAUCGUGACCCCAACCCCAUGAAUUCCCUGAAAGUUUUCAAUAAUGCCGGAAUCUUCGCCCGAGAUAGAUCAUGGACAACGCGGGAACUUGACGAAGCGAAACUUGGCAUCUUCCAGGGUCUCGAUGCUCCCAUGAGCGUCGAUGAAGAGGGACAGCGAUACUUCAUGACUGGUGUCACUCAAGAAAUGGACCAACGCUGGCGCGAGCAAGUUCUCGAUGUAACUGCUGAGGAUGUGAAUAAUGCCGCUCAGAAGUUCCUCGUCGAUGGAACACGACGGGAAUUCUGUCUUCUGGGCGAACAGAAAGACGGAUCUGAUUUUGAUGGAUGGGAUGUGAGAAAACUCUCCAUGGGCCCUGAAGAAGGUAUGGUCGCUGGUUCUGAAGAACAAGGCGUCGCCACUGGGGUCGCGUAA